AUGAGUUCCCACUCUGGUAUGCAUGGAAUGUCGGGUAUGGACAUGGGCGGCGGGUCUGAGUCUGCCGCCUGUUCGAUGCAAAUGCUCGGCAACUGGCAGACUAUCAACACCUGCAUUCUCACCUCGUCAUGGCACGUCAGGACCGAAGCGCAAUUCGCCGGCACCUGCAUCGGUGUCUUUUUGAUGGUAUUCUUGAUCGAGACGGUGCGACGAUGGAGUCGCGAGUUUGACCGAUGGAUUCUCGAACGUGCUUUGAUCGAGCGGAGGGAAACGAGGCGCCGCACCGAGCACCUCAAGGCUGAGAUGGCCAGUCGACUGGCUGAAGCAGAGCCAUCGCAGCACCGUUUGACGCUGAGCCAAAAGAUGAACCAGCUCGAUUCCAUCUUCUUCGGCAUUCCCACUAGCAAGUCUAGCUGCCGACAAGCCGCCAUUGACGCGAUGCGCUUCCGACCCAAAAUGUGGCAGCAGCUCCUGCGUUCGCUUUUGUAUGGUGUCCAGUUCACUGGUGCUUACCUGGUCAUGUUGAUUUCCAUGACCUACAACGGCUACAUUAUCAUCGCCAUCGUCCUCGGCGGCAUCUUUGGUCACUUCUUCUCCACAUGGGACACACUCGGAUCGUCGCACUUGCUUGACGUGGACCAACUCUCGCAUAAUUCCGAGGCUGGAGUGGUUGCGGAUCCAGCUGGGGUUACUAUUUCGCCUUGCUGCCAGUCUAACGCUAACAAGGAUUCGUCCAGCGUUUCGAGUGAAUCUGACGAUAACAGCCAUCUCAAGCGUCAUGUGGUGACACUACCAGACCACGGUUAUGGUUCAGGUGCCUGUUGUGUGUAG